AUGUUCAACCUCCGCCGCUUCAUGGCCUCGGCCAUGCUGCUCCUCGCCGUCGGCCUAGUCUUCUUUUCGCAGACCGCCGCAGCGGCCAAGGGCCCCAAGAUCACCCACAAGGUCUACUUUGACAUUGCGCACGGCGAUGAGAACCUCGGCCGCGUUACGUUCGGCCUCUAUGGCAAGACGGUCCCCGAGACGGCCGAGAACUUCCGUGCCCUUGCCACCGGCGAGAAGGGCUUCGGAUACGAGGGGUCGAUUUUCCACCGCGUCAUCAAGGACUUUAUGAUCCAGGGCGGCGACUUCACCAACGGCGACGGCACUGGUGGCAAGUCCAUCUACGGCAACAAGUUCAAGGACGAGAACUUCAAGCUCAAGCACACCAAGAAGGGUCUUCUGUCCAUGGCCAAUGCCGGACCUGACACCAACGGCUCCCAAUUCUUCAUCACCACCGUCAUCACCUCCUGGUUGGACGGCCGCCACGUCGUCUUCGGCGAGGUCCUCGAGGGCUACAAUAUUAUCGACAAGAUCCAGAACCUCAAGACCCUUCCCGGCGAUAAGCCCGAGAAGACUGUCAAGAUUACCAAGAGCGGCGAGCUGGAGGUCCCUGCCGAAGAACAAUCCGAAGCCGCUGAACUGCCCAAGUUGCAAGAGCCGGCUACACAAUACGUGCGCUCGCCGUCCGCGCUGAUGUUGCUCGUUCUCGUCGGCGUUGCCUUUGGCAUCGUCGUGGUGCGCAGCGUUUCCAAGAAGAGAACUGUCGUGCAUGAGAAAUCUCUGGUCUAA